AAUAUAUAUGAUAUAUGUUAGAAUAUAAUAUAAUAUGAUAAAAAUAAGCUUGUUUAAUUCUUAUGCAUUAAUGUAACAUACAUUUUUCAUAGUUACAUUAACAGGUAAUCAUUGUAAAAGUCAUAAUUUCCAUAUCCAUAUGAACUCUAAAAAUAUCGGUAUCGGAAUAUCAGCCACGGUUCUGCUUCGUAUCGGAUCGAAAUGAAAAACGGUGGUAUCGCACAUCCCUACUACCAGUUGGGUUUUAUGUCAAUGAAAGGCCCCGUAUCUCAGAUGUCAACAUCACUACUGCUCAGUUUUCCUCCUGCAGAGGGCGAGUUGAGCAGGAGUCAACAGAGGGGAGGACCGUACACGAACUAUUCCCACUGAGGAGAGAAGAGGAGAGGAGAGAGGAGAAGCUCUGGGACUCAAUCGCUGGAGAGUUAGCUUAGCUUAGUUUAGCUUAGCUGUGCUUAGCUUGGUUUAGCUUAGCCAGCUAAUCUAAGGCCGGAAAAAUGUUUACUCUCCACUCUUUGCCGAGGAGCAGAGUCGAGGGAUUGUGCCAUGUCCACCCAGCGCCUCGUCGUAUUUGUUGUUGACGUUUCUGAGUCUUGGAGUUAUGAUCUCACGAAGAAAAAGUAAAAACGAGUCGUCGAAACCAGCCGAGGUACACGGGAAAUAUGUGAAGAAGGAAACGUCGCCGCUCCUGAGAAAUCUGAUGCCCUCCUUCAUCCGCCAUGGACCCACUAUUCCCAGACGCACCGAGGUCCCUUUGCCAGACAUGGGGCCCUCUUCCUACCCCGUGGCGCCCAACCGUGAGCCUGCGGUGUCCCGCAGCAAGAGCGUCCUCCGUCCCGCCGUGCAGAGACCUCCGCACGAGGUGGCCCGCAGAGAGAGCCACCGCAUGUCGGCGCCUCCCUACCUGCCUCGCAGUCUCGGAGACCUGUCGCACGAGUACGGGGGCUCGUCGCAGUCCUUCCUCACAGACGUGAGCCCUAUGUCCGAGAACGGAGACGCUGCCCGGUAUUAUUACCCCCCCGAACCUUAUUACGACAACCAGCAACACCAACAACACCAGCAGCAGCAGCAACAGCAGCAGCAGCAGCAGCAACAACAACAACAACAACAACAGCAACAGCAGCAGCAGCAGCAGCAGCCUAGGAGAGUGCCCGAUCGUUUUCCUGAGGACUAUAGAUACUUUGAGCACAAUGAACACAACUUCCAAAGACUUCCUCGACAGCACACUCCUCCAGCUCCAAGCAGACCCCCUUCAGGCAUAGGUCGAAUACAGGCCAAAUCUCUGGGGAACCUCUCCAGUCUAACGGGAGAGGACCUCCCACUUCCGGCCGGCUGGACUGUUGACUGGACCAUCCGUGGCAGGAAGUACUACAUCGACCACAACACUAACACCACACACUGGAGCCACCCUCUGGAGAGGGAAGGGCUCCCUCCGGGUUGGGAGAAGGUGGAGUCCGCCGAGUUCGGGGUCUACUACGUGGAUCACAUCAACAAGCGGGCACAGUAUCGUCAUCCGUGUGCUCCGAGCGUGCCCCGCUAUGAUCAGCCCCCUCCGUUACCGCCCCCCGUCACCUAUCAGCCUCGACCCGCCGAGAGGAACCAGCCGGUGCUCGUGCCAGCGAACCCGUACCACACGGCCGAGAUCCCCGACUGGCUGCAGGUGUACGCCCGAGCCCCACUCAAGUACGACCACAUCUUGAAGUGGGAGCUAUUCCAGCUGGCGGACCUUGACACGUAUCAGGGCAUGCUGAAGCUGCUCUUCAUGAAGGAGCUGGAGCACAUCGUCAAGUCCUACGAGGCCUACCGGCAGGCGCUGCUGUCCGAGGUGGAGUCCCGCAAACAGCGGCAGCAGUGGUACAACCAGCAGCCCAACAAGAACUUCAUGGGGAACAUGUGAUGUGUGUGAUGUGUGUGAUGUGUGUGAUGUGUGUGUGUGUGUGUGUGUGUGAGUGUGUGUGUGUGUGCAGCAGGGACGCCUCGCCGCCACGCCUCUCUGAGGUUUCCACAGUUUGGGAGCGGCCGGAGCUUCCUUUGAAAUCCUUAUUGACUCUUAAUUGCCUCUUUACCAAACACAUCUGUGCCUUCGCUUGAUCCAAAUAUAACAGCCAGGAAGUCAAAACACUCUCGGCCCCUCGUGCCUUCGUGUGACACUCGGUUUGUGAAUGACUGAAAAGACUGAAACACUCGAAUAACGCGCUACACAUGGGGCAGGCUGACUGUUCACGGCCUCCGGCCUGAGAACUGAAUCGCUGUUUGAAUUCCUGUUUUUUUUUUUUUUAAGACUUGGAAGUCAGGAAAAAAAAAAAAGAAAAAAAAAGCAAACAGCUCUGGACAUUUGUGGAUAAACAUCCUGAGAUUGUGCCUUCAUUAAAAUGAAAAGCAGCAUUUUUACAAAGUCUGCUCAUAUACACACCGGCUGCUCUGUUGUUGUUGUUUUUUAUUUUAUUUUUUCCGUUUUUAUUCUACAGAAGAAAACGACAAGCGGCUUCUUCUAAUUUGAAACCUUUUUGCUUUGUAUCACCCUCAUAAACUGAAACCUCAUUAUUUUACACUAAACAGAAUUUUUUUUUUUUUUUUUAAUGUAUACUUUAUAAGACAAUCCACCAAAACAUUAACAGAUAUUUAAUUUUUGAUAUGAAAACGCGUCUUUUAUUUAAAGACGGAUGAAGCAUCACAUUUGAUGCGGCGGUCUGAGCGUCUCUCAGCUCUUGGCAUUAUCAUGGGUCAGGAAUGUUAAUUCUUGUGUGCGUUUAAUGAAACACGAAUAAGCUACUGGAACAGAAGAGACACGUCGCGUUUGCCAAACAAGUGCAAUUCCGUUCCUGCUUGUUUCAUUCAUUUUGGAUUUUUCUCUUGCCUUAUUUUUAUGGAAGUGCAGGUUAAUGGAAGCGUGUUCUACCGAUCACUAAUCAGUCGGCUCCGUAGGAUCCUCAGAAAUGUUUGCACUCAUGGAGACGGUUUGUUAAAUGACCAUAAAUGCCUUAUUAAGUGAAAAAAAAGAGCAAUGAAAUACUUCACACAACACAAAUAAAUGUAAAGUUUUCAUUGGGACCUUUCUGAGCUUCCUCAAAGAGCCAUUGAUUGGGAAACGCUAGAGCAGGCUUUCAAAGAACCUCUUUAAUGAGUCCUUCUCUAUGCAACGAGGUCUCGGUUCAUCGUUUCACGACGGUGUCAUCAAUUUUGUACAUAUCUGAUUUUGUGGAUUGCAAAUACAGGACAUAAGCAAUAAAAUCUGCAGUGACGAAUAAAAAGCGCACUUGUGAAUUUACAGCAUCUGUUUGCAGUUGAAUUUGCAUCUUUUUUUUUUAUCCUCGUUCUGCUUCGUCCUCGGUCGCAUAAGUGACGCCGGCUCAGUUUGAGACGAGAAAAUAAACGUAGAGGAGCAUUUGGCAGCUAAUGAAGAAGGUGGAGACCCAAAUCAGAGCUAAAUGAGAGUGAACCGGAAUCCUAGAGGGUCCAACAACAUCCUCCUGCAUUUAGCAGCUAAAGAAGAUGGUGGAGACCAAAAUCAGGGAAUUGGGAAUCUGAAGCCUCCAGCUUUACACACAUCUUUCAUCUAGCAACAUCAUCUUUGUCCUACAGUUGACUAGUUUCGCUCGGCCACAAUCAUAAUACGGACUCGGUCUGAGGAGGAGACCAAAAUCAGAGCUAAAUGAUACUUCUUGCAUUGAGUUAUUAAAGUAAACGCUAACUUACUUGAGAGUUUUUGUUUCUUAAACCGAUGCAACCAAUAUUUUCUUUAAAAAAUAAAGAUGUUAUCAGCCAAAUUUUCUUCUCCCUUUAGCUUUGCGUAGCUUUACAGCGUCUGAAGCUUAUUCUGCUUCAAACAGGAGACGGACUCAGUUUGAGACGAGCUGGUGAACGUUGAGGAGCAAACAAAGAUGGUGGAGACCCAAAUUAGAGCUUAAAGAGAGCGAACCUGAAGCCCGAAGUCUUUGGUUACACACAUUUCUAGCCUGUGGUGAUUAAGUAAUUUCCACUUUUAAAUUAGCAUUCACAGUAUUUUUUUUUAGAAUAUUUCAAUAAUUUGCAUUAAAAAAAAAAUAGUCUUCCAACUUUAUUAAUUAUGCAAAUUGUAACUUUUAACUGAAGUUUUGACUUGAUUCAUUCAAGAUUUAUUAAAGAGGCUCCAACAAUAUCCUCAUGCAUUUAGCGGCUAAAGAAGAUGGUGGAGACCAAAGUCAGAGCUAAAUGAUACUUUGUCUAUCUAGUUAUUAAACUAAACACCCACUAACUUAGAGUUGUUGCCUUUUAUUAAUACGGAUACAAACAAUAUUUUCUUUAAAAAUAAAGACGUAUCAGCCAAAUUUUCUUCUCCCUUUAACUUUGCAAACGUCUUUCUGCUUAUUCUGCUUCACAUCUAACAGCAAACAGGAGACGGACUCAGUUUGAGACGAGCUGGUGGACGUUGAGGAGCAAACAAAGAUGGUGGAGACCCAAAUCAGAGCUAAAAGAGAGCGAACUGGAAGCUAGAAACAUCCCCCUUUACAAACCUCUCACAUAUAAUCUUUAAAUUAAUUGUAAACUGUUUGGAUUCAUCAGUGAGGGGGUGGGAGUCGUUCAUUCCGAGCAGAUUAGUUUAUGUCUUCAAACAUGUCUGAUAAAACCAAAGUCAAGUCUGGAUUUCAUUAAUUUGGUCCAACUUUAUUAAUCUUUGUAACUGAAAUUUUUGCAAGUGCGUGUGCUGAAACUAAGCAGAGUGGGAAGCUUGACUUUUAUUCAUUUGACCUUUAUCAAAGAGGCUCCCACCGUAUCCGGAGAUGAUUUCAGCGUCGAUGAGCUUUGGGAACAAAUAGUUUUUUGUUUAGUUUUUUUUUUUUCUUUCUCCUAACAGACUUGAAUCUUCCAACACAAUGUAAACAGAUACUACAGUACGUCUCUGACUCAUGAACGGACGCCCAGAAGAACACAGUCGUGAAAAUGAAAACAAAACAAAAAACAAAAAAACACGUAAAACUUGACGUAUCUUAAACCGACGGCUCUCUGUGUGAUGCUGAUUAUACAUUGUGGAAGACUUGAGAAGCCACUCUGCUGCAGUGCCUUUCAAUUUUCAGGCCUUGAGGUCAAACCUCACUAUAAACUUGCUAAAUAUGCAUGACAGUGUUCCUGUAAUGAGGCGAGGAGAGAAAAAAAAAAAAAAAAAAAAAAGUUUGUAUGCUGCAGCUCUUUUUUUUUUUUUUUUUUUUUUUGCCAGGUCACAGCAAAAGUUUGAAUGAGCUCAAAACAAGAAGCGCAGUUAACACACACACACACACACCACUACAAGCCUCUUUUUCUUUUUCUUUUUUAUACAAAUGCAAGCUGUUUUUGGAAAACCGCCUUCAGUGUGUGAAGAUGAUGAAAUAGACGUGGAAUGAGGAUCCUUUCUUUCUUUCUUUUCUUUUUUUUUCGUCGCCACACCUCAUAACACGAAGCUUUGAUUCCUCUACGGCGGCGGCGGCCGCGGGACGGCUACAUUCCUCGGGUUUUUUUUGUUUCGUUUUUUUUUUUUUUUUGCUCGAACAUUCGGCGAGAAACACAACAAAACAUUGGCUCUGACCGACCGACCGAACGAACGAACGCCUCCUGCACAAUGAAUGAAGUCUCUCAAAAGCCAAAACACACACACAUACACACACACAUAUAUAUAUAGCGAGAGAGAGAAUUACAAAACUGCAAGCGGACUAUAAAGUGAGAGAUCAUGUUGUGUAAACUUUGUUGUCCUUUCGCUUCCCGUCCUCCGCUGCCUGCUACUCCUAUGUACACGCCAGCCUGAUGUGAUCCACCAAAAGCAAAUAUACUCAAUAAAUGUGCCCCACUAGAGCGUCCCACUAAGCUUUACAUGUUUAUGGCACUUUCGUCACGACCAUUAAAUUACUUUUUGUUUUUAUAUACCUGGUUUUUAGAGCUUAAAAGAUGACAGACACUAACCAUUUACCAUGCUGAUGAUAACGCUUCAUUACUUGACACACAGUAGAUAUUUUGGCUUUCGUUAGAUAUUGUUCUUUAUAAACGGCACUAAACUUCAACGGAACUGAACGAUCUUCACGAAUGUGUAGGGAGGGAACGGGAGGGGGGGCGGGAUCUCACAUGUUGGGCUAUGCUUU